CCUGAAUGAGGGGAGUAUGGAGAGCGCCGCUGGCAGCUGCCUGGUACUUUGCGUUUUGACGCUUGUUUGCGCUGCCGAGUUCAACUCUGAGCUGCCUCUGGUCAUCAAUACGUGGUCUUUUCGGAACGCGACCGAAGCAGCAUGGAGAGUGCUGGAAGCAGGCGGUUCUGUUUUGGAUGCAGUUGAGAAGGGAAGUGCUCAGUGUGAAAUUGAUCAGUGUGAUGGCAGUGUUGGAUACGGUGGAAGCCCUGAUGAAAACGGAGAAACAACUUUAGAUGCUAUGAUUAUGAAUGGUAAUACAAUGGAAGUUGGAGCAGUUGCUCAACUGAGAAGAAUCAAAAAUGCUAUUGGUGUGGCCAGAGCAGUUAUGGAGCAUACCAAACACACAUUUUUAGUUGGAGAAUCUGCUUCAUUGUUUGCUGAGAGUAUGGGCUUUAUGCGUGAAGACUUAACAACCAACCGUUCACGGUCCAUUCAUUCUAAGUGGCUUGAUCAAAGCUGCCAACCAAAUUACUGGAAGAAUGUUGUUCCAGAUGCUUCAAAAUCGUGUGGUCCUUAUCAUCCAAUGAAAGGAGUAAUAAAUGGAAAGCAGUCUCAUCUUCAGCAGAAAAAAAUCAAUGUGCAUAACCAUGACACAAUAGGGAUGAUUGCCAUCGAUAAAGCAGGAAACGUUGCAGCAGGAACCUCUACAAAUGGCGCAACUCAUAAAAUUCCAGGCCGUGUGGGUGAUUCACCAAUCGCGGGUGCUGGAGCAUAUGCGGAUAGCUCAGUGGGAGCUGCUUCAGCCACAGGAGAUGGAGACAUUAUGAUGCGUUUUUUGCCAAGCUACCAAGCAGUGGAAUACAUGAGGAUGGGAAGUGAUCCUACUGCAGCAUGCCAGAAAGCCAUCGUUAGGAUCCAAAAGUAUUUCCCAAAUUUCUUUGGAGCUGUUAUUUGUGCCAAUUCAACCGGAAGCUACGGUGCUGCAUGCAGCAAGACUCCAGGUUUCACUGAGUUUCACUUUACAGUCUUUAGAUUGGGACUUUCACAACCCCUAGAUGAAGCAGUGAUUUGCAUGUAGUAUGAAGCCACACUAGUCAAUCAGUGCAUUUGGUGAGCGGAGGGAAGUAUUGAAAGAUCCUGAUCAUGCAAUCAGCAGGGAGCAUCUUUAUCACUGAGAUGCACUGCAAAACCAACAGGAAGCUGGCAAACACCUUGGCACGGGAAGGCGAAUGAUCAAAAGCCUAGAACAGAACCAACGCUUACCUGAAAGGCUAAUGAUUAUGAACCUACCAAGCAAAGCUCAGGAGGAGAUGUAGGGUUUAACAUUGGUUUGGAUAUACACGUCAAAGGAAAACUAUAACCCCCAAACAAUGUAUGUCUCUAUUAAAAGAUAUUGCAUAAAACAGCUCAUGUGUAAAAGCCUGCUUCAUGUAAAUAAACCAUUUUCAUAAUAA